CAUGCACCAUGUACGCGGAUACGGAGCAUUUGUAGCGAAUAUCGCACCAUGAAUUCAAUUUUGUUGCGCGGGUUACAGCCACCUCGGACCCCUAGUCUCUUGGCCUUCAGUGACUACCGCGAGGCAGAACAAGCGAAUGGAGGGAAGCAAUCAUCGGUCACAGCUAACGGAGCUUUACUGGAGUAUGAAACGCUGGAGCUCCGAGUGCACCCCCCGAACGUGCGGUAAUGUCACGUGGAUGCUUUCGCUGUUGACACCUUCAUACAGUUUCUUUCCCUACAGGUGAACAUAGACAACGAAACGUAUUCAGAUCGCACCCUAAUAACACUGGAUAGCGCGAACCGUCCCGGGACAUUGGUGGAGGUUGUGCAACUCCUUACCGAGUUAGGACUUUGCGUCAUCAAGGCGCGCAUAUCUUCAGAUGGUGGCUGGUUUGUUGAUGAAUUCUCGGUCACGGACUCGGGAAAGAAAGUGACAAACGAGCGCAAACUUCGGGCAAUACGCAAGGUCCUCUCAGUAGACGCAGACCCCAGCGCCGACAACGACAUCACGACCAACGCCGCCGCCGCCGCAGCAACCGCAGCCAACUCCUCCUUCGAAGAGGCGUCCCAGUGCUCCACCGUGUUUGAGCUAGCGGGCAACGACCGCAUGGGGCUGCUUGCCGAUGUCAUCGCGCUGCUCAAGAACAACGGCUGCGAGGUGCGCAGCGCCGCGGUGUGGACGCACCACCACCGCUGUGCCUUUGUCAUCAGCGUGCUUGAAGGCGCCCCCGGGCUACCCAUCCGGGAUGGCAUCAAGCUUGCACGGCUGCGGCAGCUGCUGCUUGCCAUGAUGGACCCGCAAGGGGCGGCUGACUCGGUGGUCAGCGUUACGUCAACCAAGGGCGUCAUUCAUUACGAGCGCCGGCUACACCAGCUGCUGCUGCGGGAGGAGGAGGCGACGUGGCGGCGGCAGACCGGCCUGGCAGCGCAGUACGAGCAGGAUAUUGCGGAGCAGCAAGCGCAGCUGGAGCGGCGGUUUGGGGGCGGGGCGGCGAGUGCGAGUGCGGGUGCGGCCUCAAUGCCGGGGAGUGUUGGCGGGGCGCCCAGCUCAAGUGCAACGACUACGUCAAGCACACGUACGGCAUCUGGGUCGGGCGCUCGGUCGCUGCAAUCCUCGGCUUCUGCGCCUGCGGGCGCGCUGUCACCACCGAGCGGGGUGCUUUCCUCCACGCUGUCGGCGACACCGGCCACAGCUGAGGCUGCAGCCGCCGCAGUAGUAGCCGCGGCCGCCGCUGCUAACGUUGCCGUAUCCGCAGGGUCCCCAACAAUGGGGAGUCCUGACGGCAGCGCGCACGGCAGCGGUGCCGCCGGGGCAGGUGAAGCCAACGCCAGCGCCAGCGGCAGUGCCGCCUGCAAUACCUCCACGCUUGAAGCCUCUGCUGUCGCCUCGGAAGGGAGCGAGCCGCCUUCCAUAGCUGCUGCCUCCGCUAGGCCGCCACCUGGGUCAAGACCGCCGCUGCUAGAUGUGAACGGCGGGCGGUCGACGGUUAAGAACGGCGGGGGCAAGACGGAGUCGCUGGCCUCAUCUGCCGACUGCCUAUCGGGUCAGGGUGCUGGCGGCGCUUCCUCGGGCAGCGUUUCUGGAUCCACCCUGUAUGAUUUCCCGGCGGCGGUGUCGACCGCAUCCUCGCCACGUAGCUCCAUGCCGGCGGCAACGCUAGCGCCGCCGCCCUCGCCGCCGCCACCGCUCGCGCCGCCCGCAUCCUCCACUUCGCCAGCCCAGAAGCCGGAGGUUUGGGUGCAGCAUUCCAAGCAGCACAACUACUGGACUGUCAACAUACGUUGUCGUGACCGGCAGAAGCUGUUGUUUGACACGGUGUGCACGCUGGCAGACCUCAACUACGACGUCUACCACGGCGCCGUAGACUGCGAAGUAGAGCGCGACAAGGCGGGUGUUCGGACGAGCAUCGCCGUACAAACCUUCUACAUGCGGCCCCGCUACGGCGACUCCUUCUGGGACCCCAAGAAGGCCGCCAAGCUCAAGUACAUGCUAGAGACCGCCAUUCAGCGCCGCCAGCCGCAGGGCACCAAGGUACACAUUCACGGCGUGCCUAGCGGCCCCGGCAGCACUGGGGGCGCGGGCGACCUGCCCUCUCUCACGGCCGUGUGGCGCGACUUUGGGUUGUGCAUCAGCCGCGCCAAGGUACGUGCGCUGGGCGGGAGCGCGGGGGAGCAUACGUUCUACCUUGUGGAUCACAACGGCCGGCCGCCUGCGGAUACGGUGGUGCAAUCUGCAUGCCAGCAGAUUGGCGGGGUGCGGGUGGCGCGGCCGGAUGGUGCGGGUGGUACGCCGCCCGGCGGAGGUGCUGUCGUACCGGGCACGGUUGCGGCGGCAGCAGCAGCGGCGAGGGCGGCCGCGGCGGCGGGGGCGGGGGCGGUUCGCAGUGAGGCGGCGAGGUUUGGGUUUACGGUGUAUUCUAGGCCGGGAUGGAGCGUUGGGAGCCGUGGCAGCCCUGCAAGCAGUGUAGCGGACUCGAUUUGAUGAUAUAGGUAGGUUGAUGGAUAGUUCUGCAUGUGCAAGUCGAGCAUGUGCUGUUGUGGGUGGUGGUGGUGGUGGUGGUGACUUUAGGUAGCAUGUGGAUAGCGGGUGACGUGACGGUGCUUGUGCUACUCCGAAACGUAGGAGUGGUUGGGACCACGCAGGUGUUUGUGUUUGCGCUGAGUGUACUGCAGGCCCGGUGCAGAAGCAUGCAUGCAUGCAUGAUGCAGUGGUGCAAAGAUGGAAAUAUGGGAGUCUAGAUACAUAGGUUACGUCGACGUCAUUCGCGUGUCGCUUGUGUCGAGAUUUGAGACGGUGCCAUAUCUUGUAGUGCUUAUUAGGAUUCCGCGAUUUACGCGUUAGGUGUCGCUGACAGUCACAGUAGGGUGCAGAUACCCCGCAGAUAGUACUUCUUGUAUAGGACACUGAGGCAGUAGUAGCAUCAGGGAUAGGUGGAUACCCGGUGCCCCAAGUGAUCGGCAUUGUAGGGCGUGCUGGCAGCCUGGUCCCCGAGUAGUUCAUGAGUACAAAGCUUUGCAUGAGCGGAGCACAUUAUGCAUGUUGAGGAACGCCGGCGUGUUCUUUCACCUAGCUAAUUUGAGUAUUUAGGUGUUUUACAAUUAGACCAAGACAGGUUGAGUCUGUCUUGCAUUCACAGUGCAGCUAGGUCAUUCACUAACAACUGAAACCGCGACAGUUCAGCCUGCUGUCGACCCGCAUCGGCCCG